AUGGAUCUCUCUUGGUGCAUUAUCUGUGACAAUCGUAUUGAUUCAAACUUGAAUGAGUCGGAUCUGUAUUGUUCAGAUGCUUGCAAAGUGAAAGAUUCUUCUAUGGCACUGUUUGGUCAGAGCCCACCCAAACAACGUACUAUCAAGAACACCUUGACCUUGCUGCGCAACAGACAGCAACGACCGACUGCGCCGUCAACGUCGUACCCGUGGAUCCCGCUGUAUCGCCGACGUCCGAUCAUUUCGAGACGCCCCGCUGUUGCAGCAAGU